AUGGACGUCGUGCCCGGCUUCCUGGCCGCCCCGCCGGCCGAAGUGCUGGAGGAUGUGCUGCGGGAGCAGUUCGGGCCACUGCCCCAGCUGGCCGCUAUCUGCCGGCUCAAGCGGCUGCCCUCGGGCGGCUACUCGUCCACCGAGGACCUCCAGUUGGUGCUGGAGCGGCGGCGCGUGGCCAACGCCAAGGAGCGCGAGCGGAUAAAAAAUCUCAAUCGUGGUUUUGCCAAACUGAAGGCAUUGGUGCCAUUUCUUCCUCAAAGCAGGAAACCUAGCAAAGUUGAUAUCCUUAAAGGUGCAACUGAAUACAUACAAGUUCUCAGUGAUGUUUUGGAAGGAGCCAAAGACUCUGAGAAACAAGACCCAGAUCAUCAGAACUAUAUCAAUAUUUCUGAACCACAUAUAUCCAUGGCUAAAGAGCUGUUGAGAAACAACACCCAACAUGCUAGCUGUGCUGUGGGCUUGAAGAAUGAGGAGAAAGGGCCCUGGGCAGAUGGCGGCAGUGACGAGUACGCCUGUCGCCAGAGCAUGAUGUCUGCAGCUGGAGUUAUCUCUCCAACCAGGAGUCUGGAUAGAUUUCCAGAAGUAGAACUCCUGAGCCACGGUUCUUCAAAGUAUGAGAAGUGA